AUGUCUACGAUUACCUGCGAUUUUCCUGAGUUCGACUGGUUAAGAAACCAUUGGCCAUUUGGAGGAGGACACGGACAGAAUAAUGGAGGUGGAAACAAUGAACAAAUUAAUCAGUUUAAUCAACACAUACACCAUCCAGUACAUCCACAAGAACAUCCACAUGAACAUCCUCCAGUAUACCAACAACCACAGCAAAUACCUUGGCUUCAACCAUACCACCACCAACAACAACAGCACCCACAACCAAUACAUCCUCAUAUGCCAAUACAGCCACAAAUACCAUGGUUUCAGCAACAACAGCAACACCACCAACAACAUCAUCCACACCAACAACCACAACAGGCUAUUUCAUAUUCCGAUAAUAAUUAUACUAAUAGUCAAUCUUCUUCAAGCAAUCCACAACAAUUUCCUUCAUUUAACCGUUUGGAUUCAGUUAACUCUCGUCCUUAUCCACAACAAGAUUCUGACGAUGAAGGUAGUGAUAAUGGUGGAGAACCUUCACAAGUGACAGAUUAUUCUGACCUAGACCGUAAACGACGUUCUGCUUCUUUAAUGGGCCAGAAUGAUAAGGAACAAAAGAAGAAUGGAAAAAUUCAAGGAAAUAAUUUGGAUAAAAAUCAAAUUAUUAAUUCUGAUUCAAAGAAUCAAUUGAGUAAGAAAUGUUUAAAAAAUUAA